AGAGAGAGAGAGAGAGGCAGAGACACAGGCAGAGGGAGAAGCAGGCUCCAUGCACCGGGAGCCCGAUGUGGGACUCGAUCCCGGGUCUCCAGGAUCGCGCCCCGGGCCAAAGACCGGCGCUAAACCGCUGCGCCACCCAGGGAUCCCGACACAGGGCCUUUAAAGGGAUGCUUAAGGUAAAAUGUUGCUGGGGGCUUUGUAAUAUGACCGGCGUCCUUACAAGGAGACACACACAUGUACAGAGGGACAACCCCGUGAGGACGCCCAGGAGAGGCCUCGGGUGGACCAGCCCCCCCACCCCUGGGUCUCGGACGUCCGGUCUCUAGCACCGAGAGACAAUAAAUCUCUUGUUUUCAGACGCCCAGGCUGUGCACUCGGUUAUGUUGGGCUGAGCUGAUUGAUAUAAGCAUGAAGCUUUUUCUUUUUUGGGGGGUAAUUUCCUUGCUUUGUGCACCCUGAGUCCUACUGCCGUGAUUCCCCCGCCGGUGAGCUGGUGCUAGGAGACCCACACGCGUGAUUUCGUGUGUGCAAUCCUAAGCAUCUGAGGAUCGGGGGCGCUUGUCUUGGGGUCGCACCGAGCUCCUUUGCAACCUGCUGCACCGUGUCCUCAAGGAACGUGCCUCGCAUGGCGUGUUUGCUGACCCUGCAGCCUCGGGGUGGGUGUCGCCCGUGGUCGAACCAGAAUCCUGCAGCUGGGGCUCCUCGGAGAGCUCGAUUCCAGCUCCCUGACCUCUGGCCUGCGUGGGACGGCCCGCUCACCCCCUGAGAGUCACUAACCGGUAGGUCCGCUGCGGCCGCACGAGAGUGUCACCAGUCUACACGGCACGCCGCGCCCAUCCAGCUCAGGGCUGCUCUGCUGCGCGUCCUGUUCCGGUCUGUAGCGGGCUACGAACCAAGCCGGCCCUCGCAUGAUCCCGUUUUCCAGGCGCCGGGUCAGAGGGCUUCAGUGCUUGCUCCACCAUGGCCAGCGUGGAGCCCUAUGCAAGGCUCGAACUCAAGACUCAGAGAUCAAGCCCUGAGCUGCGAUCCAGAGUCCCAGACUCCGCCGCCGGAGCCGCCCAGACGCCCCGAGGACACGCUCAGUUAUUGCUUUAGCUUUGGGGCCGACCCUGACGUGAGGCUUGGAUGCUCCGCACACGCCGGGCCGCGCUCGAUGCCGGCAGGAGAGAGGCCCCAGCCCCAGGUGUGGGGCCAAAGGCCUUGCACAGGUGCUGCUGGCCCACCUGCCUGGUGCCAGAAAGGGACUCUGGCCGUGGGGCAUCAUUGUGACUGCAGGUUAGCACCUAAGGGAGGUUGUUGGUUUCUUUUUUUUUCAAUUUUAUGGAAAAAAUGGAGUAGAUCUAAAAGGCCAAAUAAUAACCCCGGGGUACAAUUAUAUCUCCGGGGAUCGGAGCAGGGCAGGGUGGAAGCCGGCCGAGGGGGAGAUGAAGGCUCGGAGAAGCUGCAGCCCAGCAGGGGGCCCCGGGGGCAGUGAGGGGCCCGAACCAGCACUGCUGCGGGUGCCCUGCCGGAACAGCCCCCCCAGGGCCGGCCGCCAUCUGGCUUCAGGACCUUCACAUGAUGAGGGCGUGGGAGCUGGGGCCGCGUGGUGCCGGCUGGCGGGGAGGCCGGGCUGGCGGGGAGCAGCUGCGGUGGGGGGUAGGGGUGCAGGACCAGACCCCCUGCGGCGUGCCCAGUGUCAUCCUGACGAGGAGCUCAGGGGAGCAGAGAAGAGGCCCCUUCCCCGGAGCAGCACUCCGUAGGCCGCACGCAUUUGUUUUCUGCAUAGAAUUUGAUUUCCGCACGCGUCACCCGCUUUAUUUGGCCCCAAGACGCAUGGACACCAUCCUCGGCUUCCCACGCUCCCCCCCACCAGGGGGAACCAGGAAAGCAGAGAGUCAUGCCGUCUAGAAGCUGGAAGUCAGGCGGGGGCCAGCGGGGACUCCGCGGCUGUCCCCUUCCUGCUGUGGCCUUGUCCCUCCAGCCACUGAGCCCAGGGGAGCAGGGCAGCCCGACGACCCCUGGGAUCCCUCUGCCGCACCCACGGGGAGCCGGCCUGGUCCAGGGGCCCAGCCACCCAGAGGGAGCGUCAGGGAGGGGGAGCCGGACGCAGGGGCGGGAUGUGGGCUGGGGGGCUGCUCUGAUUCCUGCCGGGCCCCAGACUCGAGAGGCCAGGCGCCAGGUCACAGGGACACAGUCUCCCCCCGCCCACAGGCGCUCACCCCACCCCAGCUGCAUAGCCUAGCGGCGCGGGCCCCCUGGACGUCAAGGCUCCCGGCGUCUGCAGAGCUACCCGGGGCCGUCCGGUGCCACCCAUGUCUCUUUGGGAGAACACGCGUCUUCUGUGCGGGACGGAGCUGCGAGCUGGUGGCUGGCACCGCUUCAGGCCCAGGUUUGCUGCCUGGCUGGGCCGUGGUGCCGACGGAGGGGGCUGGGGUCUCCGCCGCUUCCAGCCCAACCACCCAGGACAGCCCAGGGAGGCGAGAAGUGGGGGGAUCCCUGCCACGCUUGCUAAGCCAGAAACUGGGGCAAGCACGUGCCUCCUGGCGCUGCUUCAGAGCCUCCCCGUGGACACCCACGGUGUGGACGCCCCCGAGUGGCCCUCGCUUCUGACCAGAAGGCCCUGCCUGGCCUCUGCGGGCAACCUGCCAGCCGGGCACCAGCCUCCCGCCCCAGAGCCCCCGGCCGUGCAGGGGAGCGUUGGGUCAGGGACAAAAUGCUGGGACUCCAUCCAAAUGGGGGCGGUGGGGGCAAAUCGCUCCCUGAAACCAGAGCCAGGUGGCCACUGAAGGCCAAGGCCGUCCUCGCACACAGCUGUGCCUGGCACAGGGCCUGCUGGGGCCCGAGGUGGGGGACCGACCCCAUGGCAGGGGAGGCAGGCCGAGAGUGUUGUGGAAAGAGGCAAGGGACAGCGGACGGCUGCCCGGGGGUGAACGGCCCUGCACCUGCAGUCCCCCACCCCACACCCCUGCAGCACCUGCAGCACCCUCAGCACCUGCACCCCAUGGCUACUGCAGCACCUGUGCACUCACAGCCCCUGCAGUACUCUCAGCACCUGCACCCCACACCCCCUCAGCACCCACAGCACCCGCACCCCCACACCCCUGCAGCACCUUCAGUACCCGCACCCCACACCCCCGCAGCACCCGGAGCACUCUCAGCACCCGCAGCACCCUCAGCACCCACACCCCACGCCCCCGCAGCACCUGGAGCACUCUCAGCACCCGCAGCACCCUCAGCACCCACACCCCAUGCCCCCGCAGCACCCAGAGCACUCAUAGCACCCGCAACACCCUCAGCACCCACACCCCACACCCCCCAGCAUCCAGAGCACCCCCAGCACCCGCUGCACUCUCAGCACCCGCACCCCCCACCCCCUCAUCACCCAGAGCACCCUCAGCACCCGCACCCCAUGCCCCUGCAGCACCUGUGCACUCACAGCACCCACUCCCCUGCAGCACCCCUGCACCCAGAGCACCCCCGCACCCGGAGCACCCGCGUGGCGCUGGCCCUUCCCAAGGACGCAUGUACUCUCCUUCCUCCCGCACAGUUCAGAAAAGACUGGGUUGCAGGCGUCUCGGGCUCCCAGGAGGCCGGGUGCAGGCGGUUUGGGAGCGAGGGGAGGCGGGAGUCAGGACGCGGUGCAGGCAGGGGACCCAGGGCCGGGUGGAAGCCCCGGUGGAGUGAAUGGGUCCCCGUGCCUCAGUUUCCCAACUGUAACCGGACUGGUCAGGAGCAGAGCGUCCCUCGCAGGUUCGGGGAGAGGCAGCACAUCGGGGGGCUGAGGCAGAGGCCGGGGACUGUGUCCCCGCGGGCGCCCCACAGGGGAGGUUCGCGUCUAGCUCCUGCUCGCCUUUGUUCCAGGAAAACGUGGGCCGUGUAGACAGCCAGACGCCAACUCUGAGUCACCUCCUGACUUUAUUUUGGGGAGCGGCGCGUUUCCAGGGGCUGUUCCUCGGACGCAGACGAGUCAAACACCAAAGCUGCCCCUACCCCACGGAUUGGCAUCAGUAUGAAAAGCAAACAAUUACGUUUAACGAUCAAAAUACCCUCAUUAAGCGCCAGCGGCUUCAGCGGCCUCAGGAUGGCGGCGAGCGCCCAGGCCGGGUCCCCCGCGGGAGCAGGUCCCAGUGGCCCAGGGAGGGGAACGGCCCAGAUCCCGCCCGACGCCCUGGAAGUGGCCCGGAGACUACGCUCACGGAGGCCUGACUUCGAUUACGUCGGAGCUUCGGAGCAGCUGCACCUGCAAGCCGCCCCAUCUUGGCUAAAUUAGCCUCUUCAAAGUCAAUCCUUUAAAGUAAACAUAAAAAGAUCAUCCUUAAAUAGCACAAGGAAUUGCAUAUUUGAGGCGAGGGGGCCCCCAAAGCCACGAUGUCGUGCACGGCACUUGGGAUGUCAGGGCACACUUUCCUUUAGAAGGUCUUCUGCUGGUUCCAUUUGGUGGAAAACACAGGCGCAGGCCCUGAUC